AUGGAUAUAUCACUCAACACUUUUAGUCUUUUCUCUCAAGAUUUAGUGUUCUUCCAGAACGGAAUGAUGGAGCCGUGGCUUGAGAGCAAAGGUUUGGAAGAUGCAAACCAGGUGUUGGCUUAUUUUGUUGUGUCCAAAAUUGGAGAAACCCCUAUUGAUGGUAGGACUGAUACCAAUCCUGAACGACUCAUUGCUGCAUAUGGCAAGUGGGCUUCUAUUGUAGCUGCUAGAUUAAAUGUUGGAGGCCUCUCUUGCAAGGUUCUUGACAAGGAGGUGUUUCAAAAGCAGAUGUUGGAGAAACGUAUAUGGAUUUGUUCCGUUAUGCUUGUUGGAGCAACUCAUGGAGGGGUUUCAGUAGGUGCCGUGGACAUUGAAUUCCACACUGAAUUGUCCAACCUUAUAACAGAACUGGCAUCAACAGCAUCAAGUGAAAAGGGGUUAACAUUUGAAGAAGCCAUGGAAGAGCGCUUAUGUGCAUAUUCCCGAGCCGUAGCCCACUUUCCCACAGCAGUUAGGGAGUUCAAAUGGAGAAAUGGUUGGUUUUAUUCUCUCUUUGAUGAAAUCAGUGACCAUGGAAUUUUCCUUACACCUCUCUUUGAGCCAUUUGUCAUUCCUCUGCUUCUUGAGAAACUUUCUUCUUCACUGCAUUCAGCAAAGAUUAUAGAAUAUUUGAAGAAGCUUCAAGGUAAAUAUGCUUUCAAAAUUAAUUGGAAUUAA